CAGUGAAAAUGGGAGAUAUCGAGAAGGGCAAGAAGAUCUUUGUCCAGAAAUGUUCCCAGUGCCAUACAGUUGAAAAGGGAGGCAAGCACAAGACUGGACCCAACCUGAAUGGCCUAUUUGGACGCAAGACUGGACAAGCUGAGGGUUUCUCUUACACGGAUGCUAAUAAGAAUAAAGGUAUCACCUGGGGUGAGGAUACUCUGAUGGAGUAUUUGGAAAAUCCAAAGAAGUAUAUCCCAGGAACAAAGAUGAUUUUUGCGGGUAUUAAGAAGAAGUCUGAGAGAGCAGACUUAAUAGCAUACCUGAAAAGUGCCACUGCAAAGUAAAAGUUAUGUGCUGCCUUAUUUAUUUCACAAAGGAGAUGGCAACGGAAAUGUCUGUGAUGCGAUUGGUUUUUAAACUUUCUAUUUUUACAUGUACUGUGUCUAACCUUAAAAUCUGUCUCGCCCAUCAGAUAACAUUGCUCAUGGUGGGUCACUGGAGUACACGCUUGUUUGGCAGCCAUUAACUCAAUGGAAACUAUGUAAUUGGGUUGAUUUAAAUAACUAUAAUGUUCGGUCACUCUUGAUCACAGAAUUAAAAAAAAAUAAAUAAACA